GUCUCUACAUUCUCAAACAAUUGAUUUUAGAGAUAUUUUAUAUAAUUUGUGGGCGCUCGGGACCCGCUAUCAAUAUUCUGGAACUUCCGGAAGAGAUGGGAAUCACAUUACAUAAUAAAGCACCUUUUGGAAUGCAUUUGCAAAAACAGUUGCGGGUAUUUGAAUGUGAAGCUUAAAUACAUUAUUUUAAACUUAAUGGUGUUUUGAACAAUUAAACGUUGUUUUAAAAAAACAUAUUUUAUCGUUGUACGCCCCCUGCAGGUUUCUGAUUGGUGGUCGGCGCUCUAUGACGUCACUGACAUCAUGGCUGCGCCCUCGUGUGUUGCAUGUGCGUGAAGAGAAACACAGAGUCGAUGAAAAUGAAGGUGAAAAAGGUGAAGAAGAGGUUUGUCUCAUCUAAAAGAGGGAUCCUGGUGAAGGGUGAAUGGAAAGCGGUGAAUGUAGAUCCCAGUGUGUUCUCUAAUGAGGGUUUGGAGGGUUUGGUGUGUUUUGAGGAACUGACUGAUUAUUCCCUCGUGGAACCUGAAAAGACGACUAAUGCAGAAGAGAUUGUCAAGAAAACUAAAAAAGACAGAAAAAGAAAACACAGUGAAAGCGCUGAGGCUGAAGAGCAGCUGGAGUCUGAUGCUGAAGACAAACAUGAAAGAAAGAAGAAGAAGAAGAGAAAUAUGAGACUUCACAAAGAUGAAGCAUCUCAGAAUGUGGAUGAAGAACAUGAAGAUGAUGAGAUCUCGCAGGAGGAUUGCCCUAAAGAUCAGACUCCAGAAACACCGUCUAAAGUGUCCAAGAAGAAAGAUAAAAGAAAGCGCAAGAAGAAAAAGAAGAAACUGGUUUCAGAGGAGAUAAAGUCUGAGGUGAAAAGGUCUGAAGAAGUUGUUGCUCAGUCUAAGACAAAGACUAAAAACUGGACUAACGCAGCUCUUGCAGACACCGAGGGGCAGGACGCAGAUGUGUCUGCGUGGCAAGACCUGUUUGUACCUGCGCCUGUUUUAAAAGCUCUGAGGAAACUCGGGUUUUCCGCACCGACUCCGAUUCAAGCGCUCGCAAUUCCGCCGGCCAUCCGAGACCGUUUAGAUAUUUUGGGAGCUGCAGAGACAGGCAGCGGAAAGACUUUGUGUUUCGGGAUUCCCAUGAUUCACACAAUUCUAGAACGGAGGAAAUUAUCAAACCUCGAGCCGUCGGAUGAAUGUGGCAAAGUGAAUGCAGAGACGUGUGAAGAUAGCAUAGACCUGCAGACAGACUGUGGUGAUCAGCAAGGCCCUGAUGAUGAUGAUGAUGAAGCUGCUGACAUCACAUCACAUAAUGCUGAUGAAACUCCAGUGAGUGACAGUCGAGCUACAGAUGAUGAAGCUGUGACAGCAGACGUUACGACAGCACAUCGUGAGCGCCCACUGCUCGGCUUGAUUCUCACUCCUACCAGAGAGCUGGCGGUUCAGGUCAAACAUCAUAUCGAUGCUGUGGCCCAAUUCACAGGUAUUCAAACGGCGAUUGUCGUCGGCGGGAUGGCGCCACAGAAACAGCAGCGGAUGCUGAUGCGCAGGCCAGAGAUCGUCAUAGCGACUCCGGGACGAUUGUGGGAGAUGAUUAAAGAGAGACACCCCCACCUUCAGAACCUCCGACAGCUACGGUGUCUGGUUAUCGAUGAAGCCGACCGCAUGGUAGAGAAAGGUCACUUUUCUGAGCUUGAAAAUCUGCUGGAAUUGCUUAACACGGCCCAGUUCAACCCCCAAAGACAGACGUUCGUGUUCUCGGCCACGCUGACCAUGGUGCACAGCCUGCCGCUCCGCCUGCAGCAGAAAAAGGGCAAGAAGAUGGAGCGCAGCAAACUGCAGCUCCUGAUGGAGAAAGUCGGCAUCAAAGACAAACCCAAAGUCAUCGACCUGACGCGCAAAGAAGCCACCGUAGAGACCCUGACCGAGACCAGAAUCAACUGCACGAAGGAAGAGAAAGACUAUUACCUUUAUUAUUUCCUGCUGCAGUACCCCGGACGCACCAUGGUGUUUGCCAACAGCAUCGACUGCAUCAAGAGGCUGAACGCGCUGCUGCUGAUUCUGGACUGCGGUCCUAUCAUGGCUCUGCACGCGAACAUGCACCAGAAGCAGCGACUGAAGAAUCUCGAGAGGUUUGCGGAGAAGCAGAGCUGCGUUCUACUCACCACAGAUGUCGCUGCGCGAGGCCUCGAUAUUCCAAACGUUCAACACGUUAUUCACUAUCAAGUUCCUCGCACUUCCGAGACGUACGUCCACCGCAGCGGCCGAACCGCCCGCGCCACUAAAGAGGGUCUCAGUUUGCUUCUGAUCGGCCCUGACGACAUGAUGAACUAUAAGAAGAUCUGCAGAACCCUGGAGAAAGAUGAAGACCUCCCUUUGUUUCCUAUCCAGACAACAUGCAUGGCAGCCAUUAAAGAGCGAGUGAAUUUGGCUUGGAAAAUCGAGAAGAUGGAAUAUUUCCACAGUCGGGAGAAGCAGCACAAUUCUUGGGUCAGACAAGCAGCUGAAGCGAUGGAGAUCGACGUGGACGAUGACUUGCUGUUGGGAGGAAGUAAAGAUGAAGAUGAGCAGAGAGAGCAGCAGAAGUUAGUGAAGCUAAUGAAGAGACAGAUGAAGCACUUAGUCUCACAACCCGUGUUUAGAAGCAACAUGAAGACAAAGUACCCAACACAGAUGGGAAAACUUCAAGUGUCUCAUAUGCCCAUCGCUACAGCGACUACAGCGUUAAACAGCGUCAACAAUCACAGACAGAACCUCCAACCAAAGCGCAAACACAAGCGCUGACCAAUGAAUAAAUCUACAAUCCUACAUUAAAAAUUUCAAUGUGAUGAUUUCGGACUGCAGGUAGCAAAUGAAACAUUUCUCUGGAUGUAACACCCUUUAAAACCUUUAUUUGAAGUCAUGUCUUAUGUUGCAGUCUUGACCAAAAUAUCUGCAAUAAUUGAGGAGCUCAGAUGCAAAAGCCUCUAGAUCAGUGGUUCUCAACGUCAUUCCUGGAGACCCGCUGCUCUGCACAUUUUGUAUGUCUCCCUCCCUUAUUUAACACACCUGAUUUAAAUCAUCAGCUCAUUAGAAGAGAUCUCCAUGAACUGAACUGAGUCUGUCCGAUAAGAGAGACAUACAAAAUGUGCAGAGCAGAGAACCACUGAUCUAGACGCCACCUCCAUCAAAAAUGAGGCACAGGCCGGGUCACAGGUUUUCUUUAUCUCUUUCUAAGGCUAUUGAAAUAUUUUCCAAAUUAUUCUGUUUUGGUUUUUAAACUCUUGAGUUUUUUUUUAAUCCACUUUUUACACAAAUUAGGAUUGGAUCAGAAUUUCUUAUGGUCAGUACUGCAACAUGUGCCAUUGCAACAAGUAUUAAUGUGAAUCUUAACAAUUUGUUGUUAAUAUUAAAAUGUAUCUUUGCAAAACAUUGAAUCAUUUAAUAAAAUGUACAUUACAUGUAUGCAUUUGCCAGAUUCAAUGCAGCUUACAGUGCAUUCAAGCUGUAGAUUUUAUAAGAAUGUGUGUUUGCUGGGAAUAAACCCAUGACCUUUUCCACUGCUAAUGUAAUGCUCUACCAGAUCAGCUACAAGGAAACUUAAAAAAAGGUUUAAUAAAAUAUUUGUUAUCUGCAAA